AUGGCGCUCACCGACGCCGACGUCCAGAAACAGAUCAAACACAUGAUGGCCUUCAUCGAGCAGGAGGCCAACGAGCGAGUCGAGGAGAUCUUGGCGAAGGGAGACGAAGAGUUUAACAUCGAGAAAGGCCGCCUGGUGCAAACCCACCGGGUGAAAAUCAUGGAUUAUUACGAGAAGAAGGAGAAGCAGAUUGAACAGCAUAAGAAAAUCCAGAUGUCCCAACUGAAGAACCAGGCCAGGCUGAAGGUGCUGAAGGUGCUGAAGGCCCGAGACGACAUGGUGACGGAUCUGCUGAAUGAGGCUCGCCAAAGAAUGGCCGACAUCGUCAAAGACCCGGACAGGUACGCCAAGCUGCUGGAGGGUCUGGUGCUUCAGGGGUUUUACCAGCUGCUGGAGCCUAAAGUCACCAUCCGCUGCCGACUGCAGGAUGUGGACAUGGUUCAGGCUGCAGUUAAUAAGAACAUCGCCGUCUACAAGGAGACGGUGAGCAGCAACAUAACUGUCCGGAUUGACCAGGAUCACUUCCUUCCAUCAGACAUCUGCGGCGGCGUUGAAGUCUACAACAGUAAUGGAAAGAUUAAGGUUUCCAACACCCUGGAGAGCAGACUGGAUCUCGUAGCACAGCAGAUGAUGCCUGAAAUCAGAGAGACCUUAUUCGGUUCCAACCCCAACCGCAGAUUCUUGGAUUAAUUUGAGGAGAACAUCGCUGGAAACGUCCAGGUGACCCCUGACCUCCCUCACAGGAGAGCAAGUUUUCAGGUCAAACUAAACUCUGAUCGGUGUUUUCAGAAAACGUCUGGACUUAAAUGUAACACAGAUCUUAUUUCCUCCUUACUUCACCCAGAGAGAUCUUAAACUGUGAAAUCUGCUGCUGAUACUGUUGGAAAACAUUUUUAUGUUUAUUUGAUGUUUAACAGCCAAAAUAAAUAAAUAGGAGACAGUUUAACAUGUUGGAUAUCUCUUUAUUUACAGUGCGUAAACAGUUUUCUUCAGCUAUUUUCUCUCUACACAACAGAAGAAAGGUGGUAUUGCUAUGGAAACACAUCUGUCUGGUAUUAAAAUGUAAAAACAAACGACCUCUUAGCGCCACCUGGUGGCUUUAAGUUGGCGGUUGGCCUUACUACCCUGCUUCUGUCUAAGAUUUAAAACUCUCCUGUCUAAAUUUGAAUUCUAGCAAAAUAUUAUCAUUUCCAGCUAAUGGAGUAGUUUUAAAGUGGGGUUUUGUUGAGAUGUUACAAGCAGUCAGUAUCUUCACUUUGAUGGAAUGGAGUUAAUUCAGGUUAAGUCGUGUUUGUGUUGCAGUAAAAACCAGGUAUUUAUGUAAAAAGACACUAAAUCUGUGUAAAUUUUUCCUCUUUUCUGUCUGUAGGAUUAACAAAAUGACAUUAAAUGACAGAAAAACGAG